AUGGCCUCCUCAACUCUCCAUUUCAUCUUCUUCUCCGCCCUUCUCUUGCCGUUCACACUCACCACCUCCACACGUGAUCCAUGUGCGUCCGACGGCUCUGACGAUCUCUCAAUCAUACCCGUUAACGCCAAAUGCUCACCUUUUGCAGCCAAUCCUAUUUCUGGCUCAGUCAUGGACACUGUCCUCCACAUGGCUUCCGCAGACUCCCAUCGCCUCACCUAUCUAUCGAGUCUCGUCGCCGGAAAACUCAAGCCAGCCUCUGUACCCAUCGCCUCCGCUAACCAGCUCCUCCACACCGGCAACUACGUCGUCCGAGCCAGUCUCGGCACUCCUUCUCAGCUCAUGUUCAUGGUCCUAGACAUCAGCAACGAUGCCGUUUGGGUCCCUUGCUCCGGCUGCUCCGGCUGUUCCACUGCCGCAACUGCCGCUUCCUUUGCUCCGAAGCUCUCCUCCACUUACUCCACCGUCUCUUGCUCCACCGCACAAUGCACCCAAGCACGUGGCCUCACGUGCCCAUCCUCCUCACCCUCACCACCGUCCAUCUGCUCUUUCAACCAAUCCUACGGCGGAGAUUCGUCCUUCUCCGCCUCGCUCGUCCAAGACACGCUGACGCUAGCCUCUGACGUCGUCACCGGUUUCUCCUUCGGCUGCAUCAACUCUGCCUCCGGCAAGUCUCUACCUCAGCAAGGACUAAUGGGCCUGGGACGCGGGCCAAUGUCGUUAAUCUCUCAAACGGGGUCGCUAUACUCAGGCGUGUUCUCCUACUGCCUCCCUAGCUUCAGGUCGUUCUACUUCUCCGGGUCGUUGAAACUGGGCCUGGCGGGUCAACCCAGAUCCAUCAGAUACACACCACUCCUCAGUAACCCUCGCCGUCCAUCACUUUACUAUGUCAACCUCACUGGAGUGAGUGUCGGUUCGGUCCAGGUGCCCCUUAACCUUACGUACUUGACGUUUGAUUCGAAUACCGGCGCCGGAACGAUCAUCGAUUCCGGCACUGUCAUUACUCGUUUUGUUCAACCGGUUUACGAGGCCAUUAGACUCGAGUUUAGGAAGCAGGUGAAAGGGCCAUUCUCGACGAUGGGAGCGUUCGACACGUGUUUCGCGGCUGAUAACGAAAACGUGGCGCCAACGAUAACGCUGCACAUGACGUCACUCGAUCUGAAGCUGCCGAUGGAGAAUACGCUUAUCCAUAGCAGCGCGGGAACGCUGGCGUGUCUAUCGAUGGCGGGGAUACCGCAGAACCCGAACGCUGUCCUAAACGUGAUCGCGAAUCUCCAACAGCAAAAUCUAAGGAUCUUGUUUGACGCCCCCAAUUCCCGUAUAGGAAUUGCUCAUGAGACCUGCAACUAA